AAAGAGAAGGAAGUGGAUGAGAGAGAAAGCAAAGUGCAAGAGAGAGGUGAACAGGGGAGGGAUAAAAGGGCAGCAAAAGGAGUGAGCACACAAAUACAGAAACAGCAAGCGCCCCUCUCUCUAUCUCGACUCCUCUGCCCCCUUUCUCCCACCUCAAAGACAUUUCGUCCCUCCUCUCCUCCUCCCUCCCUCUCUCCCACCGGUACAAGUAGCAGCAGGCCUCCCUCAGCACUGUACCUCUAGCUCCUGCAUCCACCCUGCGUACCUAGAGUCGGGAGCGGGGCGGUGCCUGCAUUGCUUGCCUCCUACUGGCCGCAAGAUUCGUGGUAUUUGCCCGUCAGAAUCCCAUCCCUGUGCGAGGUUGCUGCGGCGAGCCGGCCGAUUUGGGGCUAAUUCGGUCCAAGAUUUGAGCCUCCCGGAUCAGAGAUCGCGCCAAGCUCGAGGGUGGCGGCCGGGCAGGUAGAGAUCCCUCUUGUCUGCUGCAGAGGAGCUAUGAGACGAUGAGGGAAGAUAGCAACAAGAAGAGCAAGCUUUCAUGGUCCAAGUCCCUCGUGAGGAAGUGGUUCAACAUCAGGAACAAGGCGAACGACUUCCAUGCUGAUCUCGACGCCAGCAGCAAAGGAAGGGAUCACGGUGAUGGUUGUGGAGCACGGAGGGUCAGCUUCUCAGCGAGCGAAGCAAGCACAAGUACACCCAAGAAAAGCAGAACUGACCGGCCAUUGAAGCGCAGCGCCGAUCGUGUUCGCCGCGGGAGGAAUGAUUUCGAUAUGGCACGCGUGACAGAGGUUCAAGAUUACAGAAUCUUUACCGCGACAUGGAAUGUUGGUGGUAAGUCCCCACCAAGGGGCCUAAAUUUGGAUGAGUGGCUCCAUUCUUCACCUCCCGCCGACAUCUAUGUAUUAGGAUUUCAGGAGAUUGUUCCGUUGAAUGCUGGAAAUGUUCUCGGUACUGAAGAUAACAUUCCAGCAAAGAAGUGGGUAUCACUUAUUAGGAGGACACUAAACAAGAAUCCUGGGACCAGCGGUUAUGCUGGCUAUCAUACACCUUCACCAGUACUCGAUCCAGUUGUAGAAUUAGAUGCUGAUUUUGAGGGGUCUGCAAGAAGGCAGGAUAACUUCUCAUUAUUCCAGCGUCGAUCAUUCCACAACCUCAGCCGUAGUUUGAGAAUGGAUGACUGCAUGCAACAACCAAGAUUGGAACGCAGGUUCAGCGUGUGUGACCCAGUCAACUUGGGAGGCAGACCGAGUGACUUUGAUGGAAAUUUGCGAUGGACUGGGUCACCAGAUUAUGAGAACAACGAUGAAGAACUGACCAUUGGCGCACAAUUUUCACCGUUCCCUUACAUCUACAACAUGCAAGGACCUACUGAUGGAAACGACGAGCAAUCAAAUAACUCCAGGUAUUGUUUGGUAGCCAGCAAACAAAUGGUUGGCAUAUUUCUGACUGUUUGGGUGCGCAAUGAAAUAAGGGAAGAUGUGAGGAAUUUGAAAGUUUCUUGUGUAGGUAGAGGAUUGAUGGGUUAUCUGGGAAAUAAGGGCUCUAUAUCAAUAAGCAUGUCUUUGCACCAGACCAGUUUCUGCUUCAUCUGUUGUCAUUUAACCUCAGGGGAAAAGGAAGGAGAUGAAGUGCGCAGGAAUUCUGAUGUUCUCGAAAUUUUGAGAAAGACUAGGUUUCCACGAGUUCGUGGUGCUGGUGAUUCUAAGUCACCUGAAACAAUUCUUGACCAUGAUCGUAUAAUAUGGCUUGGGGACUUGAACUAUCGGAUUGCCUUAUCAUAUUGUUCAGCAAGAGCUCUUGUUGAAAUGCAUAACUGGAAGCAAUUGCUAGAAAAGGACCAGCUUCGGAUACAACGAAGAUAUGGGCGAGUCUUCCAGGGUUGGAAGGAGGGAAGAAUUUAUUUUCCUCCCACAUACAAGUAUUCAUUCAAUUCUGAUCGGUAUGCUGGAGAGGGCAUGCAUUCCAAAGAGAAGAGGAGAACACCUGCAUGGUGUGAUCGCAUUCUCUGGUACGGAAACGGCCUCAGUCAGCUAUCUUAUGUUCGUGGAGAGUCUCGCUUCUCCGAUCACAGACCAGUAUACAGUAUUUUCAUGGCUGAGGUUGAGAUUGCCCGCCAGAGGAAGAAGAACAUGGGCUAUUUCAGCUCUAGAAUUGAGGUGGAGGAGCUGUUACCACAUUCACGGAGCUACAGAGACAUAAACUUUUACUGAUUUGACUUAUCAAGUUAUCAGCAUGAUUUAAGAUACUCAAGCAAGAAUGUGCAAAUACUAACUUACAGGAUAUCGGGCAAUUUUGCGGACGGCCAUUGUGUCAAAUGGACAAGUACCAGCCCAUGUCACUAACUAUACAUUUGUGACCCAUCUUUAGCCUUUAGCUUCUCUGAACAAGGCAUCGUUCCAGUUUUUUUCCUUCUUUAUUUAUUGUUUAGAUUGUCCAUAAACACCAUAUUUUAUUUUAUUUUAUUUUCCUAUUUGGUUUUGUAAGCUUUGUAAACAAACUAGAGUGCCCCUUGCAAGGUGUGGACGAAUUAUUGCAAAACAUGAUACCUGUCCUUAGCUUUAGGACAAGGUGUUCCUAGGCUGAGGGAGGAAUGAUGGGUGUUAGAAGCUUGCAUUGUUCCAAUCAUGUGUAUACCUUCUUCCUUUUGUGCUUGAGGAGUUAUGUGAGGCAUGCAAUUGUUGCACUCAUUGCUAGUGUGGCAAAUCAAUUGGCAGUUUUGGCA